CAUCAUAUUGUCUGCAUGUUUGUACAUAUAUUAUAUCUUCCCAUUCCGCUUUACAGGCAGACAGAAGGGUAUUCAGGGAGUGAUCUGACUGCGCUAGCGAAGGAUGCAGCGCUGGGUCCAAUUCGAGAGCUCAAGCCAGAAGAAGUGAGAAAUAUGGCUGCUAGCGAGGUGAGAAAGAUCAAACUGUCAGACUUUGAAGAUUCACGGAGAAAGAUCAAGCGCAGUGUAGGCCCUCAGACUCUAGAGGGGUACAAACGCUGGAAUGAGGAAUAUGGAGACACUGCUGUUAAUUCAUGACGUGUCAAACCAGCGCAAUCUCUGAUCACUGCUGUAAGGAACUCUCCUUGAUCAGAGUGCUACAUCAGUUGUCAAUACCAGCUGGCAUGCACCACCUCCAGCCUUCCACAGGGCAUCCAGAGUUGUUUCGUCACAGAUUCUAAUGUAGAAUCAGGAGUGCUAAAACUGAUGGGACAAGUUUACAAAAUGAAAUGCUUUCUAUGACGUGCUAUAUCCUUUUUAAAAUUGAGUUUCAGGAAACUUUGUGCCUCUGGAUCUGGGACCAUGUAGCUGGCUGUCAGUGAAGGUGAAAUUUAGGCUCUCGCAAUGGAUAAAAAUAUUUAAUGAUUUGUAUAUUUUGUUUCUGGUGUAAACAAGUUGGUCCCUGUUCAGAGUAUACAUGGUAGAAGCACAACAGUAGGAAGAUUUGUGCCUUAAGUUUGCAGUACAUUUGCUUGCCCUAGCGUGUUUGGUCCCUUAGCUCCCCGUGCCUAAUCUGUUCAAUAAGGCAUGUCAGCAUCAUUCAUUCCUAACAUUAUUCAACCUGUUCAGCAGUGCCAAAUAAGUUGAUGGUUGAGCACUUGGAAAUGGAUUCUUUGAAAGAAGACCUUUUGCAGUGCUUGCUAGGUGUUGAUAGCAUUUCUUCCCCUAAUAUCAAGUAGCUGGUCUCUUGAUUUUCUAACAAAUCCACCAAUUACUUUGCUUCAGUGGUUAAAUAUUUCAGUGCAGUCUUUUUCUGGUAGUCUUGGUACAAAAGCCGAGCAGGUUUUGAAGGAAUAUUAAAAUAUGGAUGCAUUUGAACUCCCAGUUUAGUGUAUCACUUGCUUAUUAUUGUAUGAUAAACAACCUGUUAUUGGUAAAAUCAAUAUAAUCAACGUAAUAAUUCACUUCGUCAUCUUAACUAUUUUUGUCUCAACUGAACGAGUUGAAAAAAUUGUCACAAGGGUUGAAUGAGUUAAAUGAUCCUAACAGAUUUUUGCAGUCUUGAGGCAAAAACACCGUCCCUAUCUUAUGUAAAUAUAGUGCUUGGUAUGACUAUCUCGUAAUUUGCAGUGAACAAUUCCACAUGAAAUUUGGCAGUUUUUUUUUUAAAGAAACACGCAUCUAAUGUGUAUUUCCUGCCCAAUGCAUUUUCUGUACUACAUUCAACUUGCUGUCUCAAUUUGGCUUGAAAAAGCAUUUAUAAAGAAAACACCAGAAACAUUGUCUGUUUCCUUAAUCUCAAUGAAAUCUGUUUUUUUUUAAAAGAAACCUUUUUAUUUGAUCCUUGAAUGAAGACUAUUUACUUGCAAGCCAUUACAUUUAUAUAGCCUUGGAAGGUCACUUGGUGCAAUGCCCCUGACCAAAUAAUAGUCCUUCUGUUCAAUCUUAACAGCGAGCAAUGUCACAGGAAGUGCAGCAUUAAUAUAAAAAUUGGAUGUCGUGCUCCAGCUAUUACACUUUGUUAAUAGAAAUUACAUUGUACUUGUAUUGCAAUAGUGACCAAACUUAAAAAAGCACUUCAUUAACUGGAGAUUGCUUUGUUUUGCUUUGCUUUGGGUUGUCUGAAGGUAGUGGAAGACAUUAUAAACUGAAGGCUUUUUCUCCUAAGGCAUUACCCUUGAACCUAAAAUAUACAAAUGCCUAGUCAAAUCAUAGUUCCCUGGAUUUGACCAUUUAGCGAGUUAUCCACUUCAUUCUUGAACAUCCCUAGUGAUUCUGCAGUGAAACAUUAAUGUGAGAUUAUCAGAAGCCACUGCGGCCUUUCCUUCAACUACAAUUUGUUAUACUAUCUGUACAAGUGGAAAAAUAUUAAUUCUGAAAGCUUUCCAAUUGCACAUGUGCUUAGGUGGGGAUUGGGAUCAAGAUUACAUCUGAGCUAAGUUGGACGGUUCGUGGAUUUUUCUGAAAUAGGCUUGCAGGUUUUAAAUGACCUUUGUACCAAUUCUACCUCUCAAAAUAUGUGUAUUUCCUGAAUCAUGCAGCUAUUCACUUGUACCUUCAUUUAUGCAGUGCACAGUUGGUCCCUUUUACUAUGGAACAUCAGACCAAACAAUUUCAGGGGCCCUUUUUUAUAACCAUUGAAAGCUCUUGUGCUGCAGACUGUUUGAACACAGGAUUCGUGGCCAAAGGCACUGAGAGUGAGUGCUGAGCUAAGAUGAAAACUGUCCUAGAAUUCAGAACACUGAAAUAUUAAACAACCUGAAGGUAAACACCCUGUACUUACUAUUCAGUUUAAUCUGUGGUUUGAAACUGUAACUCUUUUCCAUUGAAAAUUGUGCAGCAGUAAGCUUGCAAACUGCAACCCUAUACUGCUGAAGUUCUUGUCAAUAACUAGCAAAAAGCAAUUAACUAACUUGUGGGUUCUUUCUAACUUUGAUAAUUUUUUGAUGAUGUUUUAACAGAUUUGUAUAUCAUUGAAUUAAGUUUGACAUGAGUGGGGAAUUUAAAUGUGAGCAUGGUGUUCAGUAGUAGGCAGAAAUUCAGUUUGUUUUAUUUUAGCACUUGUCAUUCCAGUGCCCUGGUACUGCUGAAACCAGUAUAGGGAAAAGUGAUAUGUCCCAAUUCGUAAAUGUGGUAUUUUGGCAAUUUUAUUUUUAUUUUUUGUAUUCACGUGCAUGAUCAAUUUAUUUUGAUCCAUUGUUUUUUGUGUCUAAUAUAUUGAGAAAUAAAAGUUUUAAUUCUA